AUGAGCGAGCUCGACAGUCUGGCUCACUUGGAUCAAGGUUCUCUGCAGCGGAGCAGCACAGAUUCCAGACUGGCCCUCAAGAGCGUAGGAAGCAGACCUGCUGAGCCGGCUAAGAAGCGCAAAACUACUCGAAUGGAGGGACCUGUACUGCCAAAAGCUCCCACAAAGAAGACACCGUCGUGGCUUCGACGUAAGCAGGAGUUGGGUGCACUACGGCAGCAGAUCCAGGCGAUGGAGACUCGAGUCGCGUUCCUCCAGCUUCAACGAGAGAGAGCGGGGCCAAGUCAAGCGCCGCACAAGUGGGAGGCUGCUGUCUUGACUGAGCAGCAGCGGCUGAAAGCUGCUCAAGAUGAAAACGAAGAGCUGAGGUUUCGGCUUAGAGCAUUUGGAGAACUUUCGAGUCAGUUGGAAGCGACAAUAGCGUCUGCUACGAGUUCAACGGCACUUGCCGGUAUCAAUGUGCCCCCGCAGCUGCACAUCAGUGCGGGCUCCUUCGACACGCUUGAAUCCAAACUCAACGCGCAGUUCCAGGAUGCCCAAGUGAUUUUUGACGAAUUCAAACCGCCAACACUGCCUUUUGACGCAACGGUGGCGUCGAACGCAGUUUGGCAUCUCGUCGAAUUGGAUUGUCCUCCGCAAACGCAAUUCACGCAGAUUAUACGUCAAUCCGAGAACUCGAACUCGAACACGAUCCAGUCACGAUGCAUUCUCCAGCUAGGCGAGGGCCGGUUUCUGAUCACGGAUAUUCGUGCCGCAAUGAAGCGCUUGGUGGCACCGGACGGCUGUGUCAUGCUCGCAGAAUCCAGCACAAUGUGGUCUGUCUACCGUGGAAAUGAAGUGCAAUGA